GAGGAGAGAUUAAAGCGCCUGAGGUAGUCUCCUCCUUACUCACUUGCAGUCACAGCUCCACCACCACCACAGCCUCACUGGCUUCCAGAGCAGCCACAGAGGAGGAGAUCAGACAUCCAUUUUCGUGAGGUCCACCUAUAAGCCACCAUGUAUGAGGACUGUGUGAAGUCCACAGAAGACUAUUACCUCUUCUGUGACAAUGAGGGGCCAUGGGGCAUUGUGCUGGAGUCUUUGGCGGUGAUUGGCAUAGUGGUUACAAUAUUGCUGCUCCUGGCAUUUCUCUUCCUCAUGAGGAAGGUGCAGGACUGCAGCCAGUGGAACGUGCUUCCCACCCAGUUCCUCUUCCUGCUGGGUGUGCUGGGGCUCUUCGGACUUGCUUUUGCCUUCAUCAUCCAGCUCAACCAACGAACUGCCCCUGUUCGCUACUUCCUCUUUGGGGUUCUCUUUGCUAUCUGCUUCUCCUGCCUCUUGGCUCAUGCCUCCAACCUGGUGAAGCUGGUCCGGGGUAGAGUCUCCUUCUGCUGGACCACAAUUCUGUUCAUUGCUAUUGGUGUCAGCCUGUUGCAGAUCAUCCUUGCAAUAGAGUAUGUGACCCUCAUCAUGACAAGAGGUUUGAUGUUCGUGCACAUGACACCCUAUCAGCUCAAUGUGGACUUUGUCUGUCUCCUGAUCUAUGUCCUCUUGCUGAUGGCCCUUACAUUCUUUGUCUCCAAGGCCACCUUCUGUGGCCCGUGUGAGAACUGGAAGCAGCAUGGAAGGCUCAUCUUUGCCACUGUGCUGGUCUCUAUCAUUAUCUGGGUGGUGUGGAUCUCCAUGCUCCUGAGAGGCAACCCUCAGCUCCAGCGUCAGCCGCAGUGGGACGAUGCGGUCAUCUGCAUUGGCCUGGUCACCAAUGCGUGGGUUUUCCUGCUGCUCUACAUCAUCCCUGAGCUGUCCAUCCUCUACAGAUCAUGUAGACAGGAGUGUCCCCCGCAAGGCAACGCCUGCCAGGUCCCAGUCUACCAACGCAGCUUCAGGAUGGAGAACCAGGAACUCUCCAGAGCCCGAGACAGUGAUGGAGCUGAGGAGGAUGUAGCUCUAACUGCACAUGGUACUCCCAUUCAGCUGCAGACUGUUGAUCCCAGCCAGGAGUAUCUCAUCCCACGAGCUACACUAAGCCCGCAGCAAGAUGCAGGAUUAUAGAGCUACCUGAAACAGAAUAAACACAACCUGGAAGACUGUGUCCUGACCAACACAACCCUAACAGGCUCAGGAGAACUCAUUGGACACACUGUCAAUGAAGUAUCCAUCCUGUCUCUCUUUUUCCUUGCCCUUCUGGACCCAUCUUCUGAAGUCAGCCCUGUCCUGCACAAUUACAGUCUUGUUGCCACCCUA